AUGGAGCAGUACGACACAAGUGCAAGCGAGACGCUGGAAUCCAUCUACUGCGAUCUGGACGGGUUCUUCGACGAGCACAACAUCGCGGACGCCGACGUCGAGGAAAGUGCUGGCAUAUUGACCCUCAAUACCCCCCAAGGCUCGUACGUGCUCAACAAGCAGCCUCCUAAUAAACAAUUAUGGCUGAGCUCUCCGAUCUCUGGCCCAAAGAGGUUCGACCUGUUGGACGGCGAGUGGAUCAGUAUUCGGGACGGCGUUAAACUCCGCGAUAUUCUGGAAGAGGAGAUGACCCAGAUUUUUGGCGAGUUCAGCUUCAGCGAGCAGUUCUAG